AUGAAGUUCUUGUUCCGGUCCAGAAAGCACCAGAAGAAUACCACUGCUUAUCAGAAGGAUACCCCUGCUAAUCAGAUCCACUUGACGACGAUGGGAGGCAUCAAUCUCCACUUGGGUAGUAAUUGCUUGGGUACAGUCGAUGGUUCGUCCGGAGAGUUCUUAACAACGUCACCAGCUGCUGCCUCUGACGGCAACAAUGACGAUGAGUCCUUGCCGCCGCCAGAGGAGAUUUCUCGUCAUUUGGCACUCUACAACCAGCCCCUACUAGUAGAAACGAAGGCUGUUUCAAUAGACCUAAUCAGAGUUCAUUGCUUCUUCUCCAACAAGCGAUCCGUUGUGGUGGGCUUGCAGACGGUCCAUACCGUGGGAUACGACAAUGGGAAACUCGUGCAAGUGGCGAGUGACUGCAAUGCCCCCAAGGCGGGUGUCCAAUGCACCACCCUGGAACUCGAACUGGGAGAGUACGUGGUCGAUGUACGCGUUCACUAUGGGAACCUGAUUCGCAGCACUACUGAUGAACACGUCCGGGUUGUCAAGGGAAUCACAUUGACUACACAACGAGGGCGUGUGGUGACCUUGGGAGAGCAAACACCCAAGAAGGAUUCAACUCCAGAAGGGACAACAACUCUUGCAGAGGGGGAUAGGAAGAAAGUGAUCGCAUUGGCGGCGAGAUCCACGCUUCACGGGAGAAGCAAUGUGGCAUCGGAGGUUGUAUUCUACACCCAACCGACUCAGGCGACUGAAGAUGAGGAGAACAAGUCCCCAACAAAAAUCCCAUCCUUCACAAUGCAUGAUCGGAGUAGCCAGCAUCGAUUGUCCAAGGACACUCCGCUGGUGGACGCUCAUGAAAUCUUGCAACGUGGCCGUGCCCUUGGCUCCUCUUUUAGUGAUCUGGGCUUUUAUCAAAGUCUGCGUGGUCAACAACAUCAGGAACAACACCCGGUCAAGGUAGAACUCAAGCAGGUCCAAUGCUACUACAGGCACAAACAUUCCAUUGUGGGAGUCUUUGGAGUGUACCAGUCCACGUUUGCCAAUGGUGCCAAAGUUGAGAGCCAAUCCAUUGACCAUGAUCAGCAGACGAAGUUAUGGAACCGCGACCCCACGGUCCAACUGGCGUUGUUGACGCUUGUCCCGUCAGAGUUUGCCAUCAAUCUACAGGUCCGACAGCAAAAGGGAGUCUUGACGGUCGUUACCAACCAACGAACCGUUUUUCUCGGGUCUUCGGAACAAGAAGAAAUCGACUGGCACAACAACAGCAACAAGGUGUACAACAACAACAAUAAUGACUUUCAUCACCGAAUCGUCGCCGUGGCGGGGAUGCGAAAAGCCCAUCAACUGUCGCGCAUUUCCUUUGUCACAGAGUCUCGCAACUGGGAGAUUGCCGGGCCACUCAUCACCACACGGGCGUUGGUGCAACAGGGGCGAGCAGACAAUAAUAAUGAGUCACAAAACAACAGCACUGCAGGUUGGCGAACGAAAACGUCAACCUGGUGGUUGUGGAAUCAAAGGAAAAGGGCGCAUGCCAAGAGAAGAGAGCAACAAGGGCAGGCUUUGAGUCUAUCAUCAUCUUCUCGGGAUCAUCAACAACAACGAGUACUACUAGAAAGGUUGAUUGCAGAGGCACCAGACGAUAUCUUUGGGGAAGUCGUGUCGUUUCUGGUUCCAAUCAAUGCGUAA